AUGAGCGACACUGAGAAGAAGGCUGUCAUCCCCCACGUUCAGACGUUUGGCAAGAAGAAGACUGCUACCGCUGUUGCCUACGUUAAGCAAGGUAAGGGCCUUCUUAAGCUGAACGGCUCUCCCAUCACCUUGGUCCAGCCCGAGAUCCUCCGCUUCAAGGUCUACGAGCCCCUUUUGAUCGUUGGCUUGGACAAGUUCGCUGGCCUCGACAUCCGUGUCCGUGUUACCGGCGGUGGUCACGUCUCUCAGCUCUACGCCAUCCGUCAGGCUAUUGCUAAGGGUCUGAUUGCAUACUACCAGAAGUUCGUAGACGAGCAGAGCAAGAAUGAGCUCAAGCGUGCUCUCGUCAAGUACGACCGUACUCUUCUGAUUGCCGACCCUCGCCAGAGCGAGCCCAAGAAGUUCGGUGGUCCCGGCGCCCGUGCUCGUUACCAGAAAUCGUACCGUUAA